CGCGCGCGGCGGGGCGCACCCAGCCCCGGCUUCCCCGAGCGCCCACCGUCCCGCCGCCGCCGUCAGAAUGCCAAACUGGGGAGGAGGCAAGAAAUGUGGGGUGUGCCAGAAGACUGUCUACUUUGCGGAGGAGGUCCAGUGUGAAGGCAACAGCUUCCACAAGUCCUGCUUCCUGUGCAUGGUCUGUAAGAAGAAUCUGGACAGCACCACUGUGGCCGUGCACGGGGAGGAGAUCUACUGCAAGUCCUGCUACGGCAAGAAGUAUGGGCCAAAAGGCUAUGGCUACGGGCAGGGCGCAGGCACUCUGAGCACCGACAAGGGGGAGUCGCUGGGCAUCAAGCAUGAGGAAGCCCCCGGCCACAGGCCCACCACCAACCCCAAUGCAUCCAAGUUUGCCCAGAAGAUCGGCGGCUCGGAGCGCUGCCCGCGGUGUAGCCAGGCCGUCUACGCGGCGGAGAAGGUGAUCGGGGCCGGGAAGUCCUGGCAUAAGUCCUGCUUCCGGUGUGCCAAGUGUGGGAAAGGCCUGGAGUCCACCACCCUGGCAGACAAGGAUGGCGAGAUCUAUUGCAAAGGAUGCUAUGCUAAAAACUUCGGGCCCAAGGGCUUCGGCUUUGGACAAGGAGCUGGAGCCUUGGUGCACUCAGAGUGAAGCCGUCUUGCCCGCUGCACCUGCCCGCGCCUGCGCUUCUCAUUGCCACCCCCCUCCCAGCAGCCUUGGUGACCCCAGGACCUCUCCCGCUCAGCCCUGCUGCAUAGCACUAAUGACUUGAACUUGGGCAUCUGGCUCCCUUUGGUUUGGGGAGGGGGUCUGCCUGAGCUCCCACCUCACUAAGGAGCUCCCCCGCCUGCCCUCUGAAACUACCACUGUAGGAGACACCUGUCUUUUUAAUCUAAGUGGGACCAGACCCCCUCCUCCCCCCACUUCACCACACAGGCCUCUGUUCUCGGCCUCUUAGGCUCAGUGUCCGACAGCAACUCGCCAGGACACCUGGGCCCACAUUUUGAAGCCCGGAGGAGGAGCAGUGACAAUACCCCAAUAGCAAGAAGGAAGCAGGCCCAGGAAAAGGCAGGGGAAGGCGGUGGCUGGCUGGACCUUCGGGAUUCUCCUGUGGUAGAGGGCUGGCUGCUGGUGUCCCUCAGAAUGAGCCGAGGAGUCCCAGCUGGGGAGUCGCCGUGGCAGGCAGACAUGUGAACAGGCAUGGCCCUAGCCCUUGGAGAGGGUCCCCUUGCUUUUCUGGUCUGAGUCAGAGUCUGUGGAACUUCUGUCCUAUUUAGGACUGGAGGAUCCAAAUUCAGGAGGCCGUCUGACGCCCGUCUGCAUCUAGAUCCUGGUUUGGGGAAUCCUAGUGAAACACUUCCAACACACAUUUGAGUUUAUUAGUGGUCCAGAGCUUAGGGUGGUUGGCGCUGGCCCUCACCAUGGGUCCUGAGGCUUCAGAAGGCAGCUUCUCCCUGCCCCAGCGCAGCCCAAGCCAGUGCUCGGAUUGUCCCUUGGAUGUGGAGGGGGUAGAGAGCCUCAGCCAUCUUGAACAGCCCUUCCCUCUGUGCCCACUCCUUCCACCUCCCCUGUACCUCCAUUCCUGGCCACCUUAGCUGGCCCUAUAGCCCCAUUUGUUCCAGGCCCACAGGUCAGGAGAGGCAGGAAGAGAGGCAGGGGCCCCCUUCCCAGUCACUGACGGGACACCCUCUUCGGCUGCAGAAGCAGGCUGUGUCCAAGCUGAUUUCCCACCUGGUCAAUAAAGCUGUUUAGAAC